AUGUGGUUUUGGCCAAAACCAUAUUGUUAUUAUGCAGAUCAGUACUCUACAAAAAGAGAUAUCUUUGAAUCAGUCACACGUCCAAAAUGGCAUGAAAUUGUAGCUGAAGAUCACAAGUACAAAGGGCUAAAGAUUGGUACUGUAAACAUCGGUAGAAAAGCGAAUAUUUUCGAUGAAUUACAUGAAGGGUUAUAUGUAAAGGAGGUGAAAUUUCAGCCUGUUGCACAGAAUAUAAAAUGGUCAGACUUAUUUCCACUGUGGAUUAAUGAAGAAUAUCCUGAGCUACAAACGUGCCCGGAAAUUCCCAUGCCACAGUUCGAAGAAUUCCAAGACUUGAACGUUGUUGUAGCCACUGUUCCAUGUCCAGGAGACGCAAAAAAAAUGGGAUUUAUAGAUAUUUUUAGGCUGCAAGUCAAUCUAGUAGUCGCUAAUCUACUAGUGAAAAGUAACAAAAGCAUUAUUGAUUUCUCUGGAAACGUAUAUGCCGUUUUUCUUGGCUCUUGUGGUCCAAUGGAUGAAAUAUUCAGAUGUGAGGAUCUCUUGUGGCAUGACAACGAUAUUUGGGUUUACAAGCCUGAUUUGAGCAAAUUGAAGCAAAAGGUGCGAAUGCCGGUGGGUACUUGCCAGCUUGCGCGGCCAAUUGAGGAGGCAGCUCAAGUAGGGUGGAACAAGAAUGCAUCAAAUAGCAUUCUCCAGCAGCCACGAGAAGCUUAUGUGACUGUUCUCCAUUCUUCAGAAGAUUACCUUUGUGGUGCAAUAGUUCUAGGCCAAAGCAUCAUCAACUCCAAAACCAAAAAAGACAUGAUCCUGCUAGCAGACAGCUCAAUUUCCUCCGAAUCUUUAAAAGCUCUAAGACAUGCCGGAUGGAAAAUCAAGAGGAUCGAAAGAAUCAAAAGCCCGAAUGCUGAAAAAAAUGCAUAUAACGAGUACAACUACAGCAAGCUCCGAAUCUGGCUGCUCACCGAGUAUGAUAAGGUCAUGUUUAUAGACUCAGACAUGCUAGUUUUCCAGAACUUAGACGAGUUUUUCUUGUACCCUCAAUUAUCGGCUGCUGAGAACAAUAGGCAUAUAUUCAACUCUGGAGUCAUGUUAAUCGAGCCAUCGAGGUGCACAUUCGAAACCAUGAUGGAGAAAAGAUUCACAAUAGUUUCGUACAACGGAGGUGAUCAGGGAUUCUUGAAUGAGAUUUUUAGAUGGUGGCAUAGAUGGCCUAAUAAAGCUAAUUUUCUCAAGGAUUUCAGCAAUAUUGACUGUGGUCCGGACCAUUUGUACCCGAAAAAUACCCAUGCCAUGCAUUACCUUGGGGUGAAGCCUUGGAUGUGCUAUAGAGACUAUGAUUGUAACUGGGAUAUUGAGGAUAAUCAGAGGUUUGCUAGUGAUUCUGCUCAUGCUAAGUGGUGGCAAGUGUUUGAUUCCAUGCCAAACAAGUUGAAACCUUAUUGUGUGCUGACUCCUGAUAUGGAAGAAAGGGCAGUGAUAUUUAGGAGGAUUGCAAAGGAUGGCAAUUAUUCUGAUGGGCAUUGGAAGAUCAAGGUGAAGGAUCCAAGAAGAAAAAUGAAUGAUAUUCCAUGA